AUGAAAUGUAUCGGUUACGCUAUGUUGGCCAUGCUGGCCUUCGGAGUCACCAACUACCUUAUUGGGUACGCUACGAGCAGUUUGGAAGGUUCAGUCGAGACAUUCUAUGCAGUUGGCGCCGAAUGGAAAAUGAUGGUCAUCUUGUGGCUCUCUGGAGGUGUUCCCGGUCUAGUUUGCUACAUUGCUCAUUGGAUGCAUGUUGGCAAAAUCGAGUUCUUCUGGGCAGAUACUGAGAGCAACUCAGCUAACAUCACCGUGUUGUCGAAGCUCUUAACACUAAUGGGAGGAGUUGGUUUGGGCGUCUCUGUUAGCUUCAUGAAGAAGGCCUUCGUAUUUUCCUCCCCGGCUGACAAAGGUCCUCUCUAUGAUAGGCAUGGCCGCGACUACUAUAAUGAUCCGUUACAGUUCAAUUGGUCAUGUAUCAACUUGGAGUGGGUAUUCAGCACGACUGUUGGCCCAGUCUGCGCUUGCACUCUUCGUCGGAUACAUCUUCGUGAAGAUUGUCGCUGGGUUUAUGCAGGCAAGUUCUUCAAUAAGUUCUCUCGUGUUGGUAUUCUAUGUUUCUAG